AUGACGUUAUUGAUGAGAUAUCGAACAACAAAAGACAUCUCUCUCCCCUUCCGCGUGAUCCCUCUGGUGCGCGAAGUGGGCCGCACCAAGAUGGAAGUGAAAGUCGUUUUGAAGAGUAACUUUAAGCCUUCACUUCUUGGACAGAAGAUCGAAGUUAAGAUCCCCACUCCGCUCAACACAAGUGGCGUACAAUUGAUCUGUUUGAAGGGAAAGGCGAAGUAUAAGGCUUCGGAGAAUGCUAUUGUAUGGAAGAUCAAACGCAUGGCGGGUAUGAAAGAAACCCAGCUGUCAGCUGAGAUCGAGCUUCUGGAGACCGAUACCAAGAAGAAGUGGACAAGACCGCCUAUUUCCAUGGGCUUUGAGGUGCCCUUCGCGCCUUCUGGCUUCAAGGUGCGGUACCUGAAGGUGUUUGAGCCAAAGCUGAACUACUCGGACCAUGACGUGAUCAAAUGGGUGCGCUACAUCGGACGCUCGGGGCUCUACGAGACUAGAUGCUAAGCUACGGAUUGCUGAUGCCGCUACAUGGAUCGGACGUACCUAAAACAGGACAUUACAUGGCGUGUUACGUAAAGAUUUUUCGUAUAUAAUAUAAUUUUCACAACACAACUUUACUGUCAGUGAUGAUUUACAGUCGAAUUUUUUAUUAGCGAUACAAAACUGACGUUAAGAGUCGAUACAGUCUAAAAUGGCUUUGGUUCAUCCCGCAUAACAGUGAAAGUGUUGAAGCAAUCACUAUGAAAGAAAUACAUAGUGAAAUUAAGGAUAUACGCUGAUUGCUAUACGGCGUGAAAACACGAUUCGUGAAAAUUUUCAGGAUAGAAAAAAAUCCAAACUUACGUCGAAAUUUUACAAGAAAACCGCUGCAUUUGUAUAUGAAUUCUGAAUACUGAAGAAUUUGAAUUCAAGCUGAGGUAAAAUCGACUCUUAGGGAUUAAUUUACAUUGCCGCGGAAAAGGAAGAUAUUUAUUACUACAGAAUUUUAUUACAUACGUAUAACUAGUUUUCAAGCUGACAGUCGUAAAGCCACUUUAAGUCUGUAUACAUAUAUUUUUAACUUAUACAUACGUACGUAUAUUGGGUCCAGAUGUAUGUACAUUGUUUUUAUUUUAUUGCGUGUUAUAUAUCAGUUAAAAAUUGUAUGUGUUAGAUAGAGAUGUUAGCGCCAUAGAAUCUCAUUUUAAAAUGAUAUGAGUCAAUAGUUUCUCUGAAAAUAGAUUCGAUGAUUUUAUUUUCAAAAGUAAAUAUAUAAAAAAAAGCCGUCAUUAUUGAAAAAAUGCCUCUGUAAUCCAUUGAAAAGCGAAACGUAAUCUAAUACUCUCUUAACAUCGUCUCCUUUAGCACGAAUGGACGUAAACUAGCCGUUUUGACGGAAACAAGUUAUUUAAAUAGCUUUAUUCAGCACCGCGCGCCUGCUGGUAAGCGACACGCCUGCCCAUAACAGUUGCAGUGCGAGACAGAACUUUAAAUCGUAAAGGCUUGAGAGGCCUUGUCAUUGCACCCUUCACACUGGAACAUAAAGUUGACAAGUCCCAUGUGCAUGUAAUUUCACAAGCAUCUUUACCUUUCAAAAUCAGAAUGUUGUAAAACGUGAAACAUACAGAGAGCGGGCGCGGGUCGGUAGCACAGCGGGUCUAAUUCCACGCGCCCGACCCGACACGCGCCCGAUCCGACACGCGCCCGAUCCGACACGCGCCCGACCCGACACGCGCCCGAUCCGACACGCGCCCGACCCGACACGCGCCCGACCCGAU